GGGACCCGGCGCACGACGAAUGGGGGUGUAAAGACGGGGAACCUGGCAGCAAUGGAGAAAGGACUGAUGGCGUAUGUGUGAGAAUGAGAGCAGGGCCAGAGGACGAAAGAAAGAGAAGGCAAGAUUGGAACUUUGAGCUUAUCCAUGGGAAAGAACAAUGGAGACACUUCCGGCCAGCUGCUAGUAGCCACAGCGGAGGAGGAGGAGGAGUCGCCGCUGGGUGGAUGGUGGCGGACGUGGUGACCGUAGCGAGCUGAGCUCCACCAGUCCAAUCAAAGCAACAACCACCACCAGUAGCAGCAGCAGCACCACCUCGGGAAUGGAGUCACCGCGGAAGAGAGAGAAAGGGAGGGGCGCACUCCGGUGAAACAGCGAGGAGAAAAACAAGGGAAAGCAGCGUUCUUUUUCUCUUUGAAAUUGAGAGUUUGUAGCUGAGCCGAGCCCUCUCUCUCCUCUGUUCUCAGCGUCUGGGAACGCCAGUGGAGAGUCUUGCAUUAAAUUGGCAGCAAAAGAAUCGUUUAUUUUCUUUCUUCUUUCUUUUAUUUUCUUCUUUUUCCUUUGUUUUCUUCUCGCUUAUCCUCUUUCUCGCUGAACACUGUCCCCCUCCCUUCCUUUUAAAACCAACGCCAAAAUUGUUCGCUUUCCUUUUACAUCUGUCUUCCUUACCUUUUCCUACUUCUCCCUCUUCUUGUCAAAAACACAAAAAGUGGGAACUUGGUGGCAAUAGCUCCAAGGUCGUGUUUGUGGGAGAUUUGGUUGCUUAAUCGAACCAAAUGGACGCCUUCGAGGCGACUCAGGUGGUAUUCUCGCGGAUUCAGAGCUUGGAUCCGGAGAACGCCGCCAAGGUCAUGGGGCUCUUGUUGAUCCAGGACCACGGCGAGGAGUUGAUAAGGCUGGCCUUUGGCCCCGACGCGCUUCUCCAGUCGGUGGUCCUCAAGGCCCGGAAGGAGCUCGGCCUCCUCCCGCCGGCCACUUCCCCGUCCGCCGCCGCCAGCGCCGCUCCUUACGCGUCCCUCCUCGGCCGGCAGGGUUUUUCUGCUCGGUUCUUCGGCGGCGGCGCUGGCCCCCUCGCCGAGAGCUCGUCCCCCUCGUGGGCUCCGCCCUCCGUCUUCUCCCGCACCAAUAGCAACGCUGGUGGCGCCGGCGAUGAGCUCCAGAGCUCGGAUGAGCUCGAGAACGCGAGCAAUCCGGCGCCGACGCAGUUCUAUGACGGUAGUGGCGAUGGAGCGGAUCUUAUAGACGAGUUCCAGCUACAGGAUCAACUCUCCUUUUUGAACGAUGGCGCAGCCACUGCCGCCCACGGCCUCCAGAUCGGUCCAAAGAGGGACCUUUUUUACCAGGAGCUGGACGGGAACUUCCGAAGCCCGAGCAGCCACGGGGAAAACGCGCUCUUUCCUUACUCCGGUGGCUGGGCCUCUGCUGCAGGGAACCACCGCCGGAGCUGCUCGGCCACUGACAACUACCUCGGCUCGGAAGCUGCCGGGUUGGGGUGGAAGCCCUGCCUCUACUUUGCGAGAGGGUAUUGCAAGAACGGGAACAGCUGCCGCUUUCUCCAUGGGCAACCAGACGACUCCAACGCUGCCAUGGCCGGCGGCGGCACGGUGGACGCCGCUCUUGAGCAGCAGUGCCAGGAAUUGCUGUUGAGGUCUAAGAGCCCGAGGCAGUUAGCGGCGUCCGCCUUCCCUUACUCCCCCACAGGGUCGGUGCCGGCGUCGCCUUCAGGCACGAAUAAAAGCAUGAACUUUCUCGUCCAGCAGCAGAGUGAGAGUCAAAGGGCGAUGGCAGCCGCGACGGCUGCAGCUCUUAUGCUGGGAGGCAAUGGGAGCCACAAGUUCAUGGGGCGACCUUGGAUGAUGGAAAAGAGCGAUUUUGCUACCGGCAUGGCAAAUCCUGGCUCAAGGCAGAUCUACCUCACAUUCCCAGCCGACAGCACCUUCAGGGAAGAAGACGUCUCCAAUUACUUCAGCAUCUACGGUCCGGUGCAAGACGUAAGGAUCCCUUACCAGCAGAAGAGAAUGUUUGGAUUCGUGACCUUCGUCUACCCAGAGACAGUAAAGCUAAUCUUGGCCAAAGGCAACCCCCAUUUUGUCUGUAAUGCUCGAGUUCUCGUCAAGCCUUACAAGGAGAAGGGCAAAGUCCCCGACAAGUACAGAAAGCAGCAGCAACCGCAAGCUGAGAGAGGUGACUUCCCUGGGUGUACAACUCCUACUGGCUUGGACACCCGAGAUCCCUUUGACUUCCCGCAACUUGGAUCUAGGAUGAUGUUCAACAACAGCAUCAACCAGGAGGCACUGCUGAAGAGGAAACUAGAGGAGCAGAAGCAAGUAGCAGAACUCCAACAAGCGAUCGAGCUACAAAACCGGCGAUUCAUGGGCCUGCAGGUCCUCGACCUCAAGAACCGAAACCACUUCAAUUCCAUCGCUACCACGACCACCAACAAUAUUACCAGUCCUAUCAUUGCCACGACUCAAUCUAAUGGUGGAAGUAGCACUUCCCAGGAAGAACCAACAUGCCAAAAUAAGAACUCGAAUCCUGUUGCAGCAGCAGCUGCUGUUUCAGUGGCAGCAGAGCCACUGCAGAAGGCUGCUCAGCAGUCGGCAGUCAAAUCACAGAAGCCUGAUUCUGUUGAUAAAAGAGAAUCUUGUGACGGUGAGCCAACCUGCAAAGUUGCAGAUAUUGGCUUCCAACAAAGCUGCAGCAGCGUGGAGCAUAACCUGCCGGAUAGUCCCUUUGCAUCACCCACGAGAGCUUCUUCUUCUUCUUCUUCUUCUACCUUCAUGGGACCCGCUUUCUCAGCUGCACUGCCUGCCGAAGAAAACCUAGUCGAAGCUGCUUCGCUCUUCGGUACUGGCAACAACCGACUCAUCUCCUCCACCCUCUUCCCGUCCACCACCACCACGCUUGACAUGCCAUCCCUCAACGCCUGCUUCUUCCAUUUGCCCAGGCUUUCAUCUGACCAAGGAGCUGUAGGAAUGUGAAUAAUGGAGAAGACCAUGAACUUUUGGAAAGAGAAGGUAAAGUAUACUUGGUAACGGAGUUAUAGGUUGUUUCCCUAAUCCUUAGUAUGGAGUUAAAGAUCACUGUUAUCCUUUUUAGGUUUAGCCAUAGAUUACAUAUAGAGAGAGAGAGAACUACGUACCUUCAUUCCCUUCACACCCAAGAAAAAGGACCAUAAGCUAUAUCAUCAAAGUUGUAUUACCGUAGUAUCAUCGUACUUCUACUACGAGUUAUGGUUGUGAAGUUGCCCUUCACCUUCCCCACAAGCAGCGAGUACAGACACCAAACAGAAGAAGACAAAGGCCACACUUGACAUCAGGAAAGGACAGCAGCGGUAAGGACCGAGCUAUCAGAGAGGAGAACGUGAGAGAGAGAGAGAGAGAGUGGAAUCAUCAUCAUCACACCAUGACCCACUGUCCUUUCUCCUGUAUCCUUCUCCUUUCUCGCUAAGCUUUUCCUUGUCUAAUUCUUUUUCUUUCUCUCUUUCUUUCUUUCUUUCUUUCGAGUGUUACUGUAGAAUGUCACAAAGAAAAGCAAAGGAAACCGACAAAAAGUUGCUGCUCUUC